CCUCCCACUUCUCUCUCUCACCUGUAGUUCCUCACACAACAUAAAACUAAACCACUCUGUGUCUCUCUCUCUGUCUGUCUUUUGUUCCCGUUUCCAUUCAAUAGUAUAUCUCUUUUUUCAAGUUUCUGUCUUUGGGUGUGUGUUUUGUUUGUUGUCGAGGUUUUGAGAAAUGGCUGUUUCAGGGUUUGAAGGCUUUGAGAAGCGCCUAGAGCUCCAUUUCUUUGGGGAUGAUCCGGUGAAUAUUGACAUGGGGCUUAGGCGGCUCGACUUGGAAUCACUGGAGCAAGUUCUACAUGCUGUCCAAUGCACUGUUGUAUCAGCUGUCGGGAACCAUUUCUUUGAUGCUUACGUGUUAUCAGAAUCCAGUCUCUUCGUUUACCCUACCAAGAUCAUCAUCAAAACCUGCGGGACCACCCAACUGCUCAAAUCCAUCCGUCCAUUAAUCCACCAUGCGAACAAGCUUGGCCUGACUUUGUGCGGGUGUAGGUACACCAGAGGCAGCUUCAUUUUCCCCAAGUCACAACCUUUCCCUCACACCAACUUCAAGGAAGAAGUCAUUUACAUCGAGGAAAACCUGCCCAACAGUCUCUGCUAUAGGAAAGCUUCUGUCAUGCCUUCCAAACUCCCUUCUUAUUCAUGGCACGUUUUCACAGCCAGUGGCCAAACCCACAUGCCACGCUACGCCUUGAAAGCCCCCGACGUCACCUUCACUGUCGAAGUCUGCAUGACGGAACUCGACCGCCUCCUCGCGCGUAAAUUCUUCAAGCGGGCAGGGAUAGCAACAGGGGACUCGGCUGGCAAGGAAAUGACAGAGCUAACGGGCAUCGACAACAUCAACCCUGGCGCCAUCAUUUGCGACUUCGCAUUCGACCCCUGCGGCUACUCCAUGAACGGCAUUGACGGGGAUCGUUACUCCACAAUCCACGUCACCCCUGAAGACGGCUACAGCUACGCUAGCUUCGAGUGCGUCGGGUCCAUUUACGACGACCAAGACAUUGUCGAAACCUUGAAGAAGGCUGUUCAAGUUUUCAGGCCAGACAUCUCCGUCUCAACAAAAUGCAAUAGCCACGAAGUUUGGACAAGGGUGGCACAUGCCAGACCCCUAGGACUCAAAUGCCGGAGUUGUGCAAUGGAUGAGUUCCCCGCCGCCGGAACCAUUGUGUUCCAAACAUUCACGGCGUCUCGCCGGAAAUACGCCCGCAAAAGAGGACAAGAAAACCCAAACAAAAAAACCAAAACAAAGAGGUAGAUAAAAAGAAAAAUGGGGAAGGGGUUUAAAACUUUUAAACAGUGAAAGUCUAGGUUCUUAGUUGGGGGAAAAGAUUUUGUUGGGUAUUGGGUUUACAAAAAACAAAAAAAAAA